CGAUCAGCCAGUGUUUACAUUAGAUAACGUAUCAAAUGUCUUUACGAAAUUAUGAUAGUCGGGUGUAAAAGGAGGUAUUUAUACAGGACCAGUUUAUAAAAUAUUUAACUUGUUUAACUGCUUCAAUAUCGAUGUGUUUUUAACAAACAAAUAACUUUAAGUUGUUUAUAUUUGAAGAAACGGAUACUAGUAAACACUUCUGCUGUAUAUGUAUUAAAACUUGAUCGUUUGAAUAGUGUAGAUGUUCGAAAAUUUGAUGACUGAUAUAAUUCAUAGUCUGAACGUUUGAUUAUAAUAUCAUUUGUGAAAAAUAACCGUAAACAUGGAAGUCGCUGGAAGAAGAGUUAUUGAUGAUGAGGGAGAUAUUGUUGAAGAAAUUGACAUCGAAUGUGAACCAUGCAAGGGUGAGCAUGUUGAAACCACAGCGAAUGGAAUGUGUCGUGAAUGUGAAGAAUAUAUGUGUAACACAUGUUUUCGGCAUCAUUUGAAAGCUAAACAGUGUCGAAAUCACGUUCUGAUUGACACACAAAAUGUGUCUUUGAUAGCAGCUCAUAAAAGUACUGAAAAUGUUGAGAAGUGUAAACACCAUGCUAAUGAACAAAUAAAAUUUUACUGUCGUAAACAUGACAUUGUAGGAUGUGGUGAGUGUAUGAUACCAGAUCACAGUGGGUGUCACCCUGAAAAUAUAAAAGGCUUAGCUAGAGGGUUUGAAGUCACUGAAGAUUUUAAGUGUCUAAGGAAAAAACUUGAAGGACUUGGGAUGUCAAAUAAUGAAAACGAGAGAAAGCUCCGUGAAAACCAGAAAGCUAAUAAAUCGAUGUAUGAAAGAGCCUUGAAUGAUAUUAGAAAAUUUAGAAAAGAUGUCAACGAUUAUUUAGAUAAGGCGCAAAUAUAUGUAACAAAUGAGGCAAAGGACAUUGAAAAUAGGAACGCCAGUCUACUGACCAAGCUAGAGCAGAAUUGUCAUAUUCUUCCUCUGAAAUUACUGAAAUGGAACAAGAACUAAACACAGAACUGUACUUGGACAGUGCACUGUUUAUUCAGACUGUCAAUUGCAAGCCCUUAAUUCUUGCCAUUGAGCAUGGAGUAUCCAAAGUGCAAACAGCAAAUUGUAUCAAAGAAUUUGAAUUUGUACCAGAAAAGCAGAUGCAGCAUCUACGUAGCUCCGUACACAAUUUCGGGCGAAUUACAACUUCAGUUAGAGCAGUAAAUGCCAGAUUAGAAGCUAUGAAACUGCCUAUUGAAGGACGAGACAAGUCUAUUCAUCUUGAGGAGGAGCCUGUGGCGAAAACCAGAGACAAGAAGAAAAGUGACCUAAAAUCACCUAAAACAAUUGCUGUCGGUGCACGUGUACGUUUUGCAGGUGUGGGUCCUUUUACGACACAUAGAAAUCAGCCUGGUACUGUAACUGCUGUAAAUCACAACUCUUGUAGAGCCAUAGUGAAAUGGGAUGCAACAGGAUAUUCUAGAAGUUAUCAUAUGUCAUUACUUCAGCUUAUUUAAACAUUUUAUCACUUUUGGUGGUAAUGCUAUCAAAACGUUUUUUUUUUUUUUUGACAAAUAAACAGUUUAACAACUUUUUAUAUUCUGGAAGUUAUCACAUACUACUCUUAUUACCCAAAAAAAUGUAUAAACUGUAUUUUAAAUACGUACAUAGAGAACAGCCUGUGUUGUUACUAAUGAAAGGUUAUAGGACAACUGAAACAACGUGGUGAAAUAAUUCCGUUUUCGUCAAAAUAUAGGUUGGAAAGAGAAAUAUCUUUCAUCUUUUUUUUGAUAAUUCGACUGGAAGACUGUAUGAUUUCUAAAAUGAUUUCUGUAUUGAUAUGAUUUUUGAUCGGCUCCGUUUGGUUUUUGAAUGCUAAAAGUGUUUUAAUUUUUAUCAAAAUCUCUAACAGAUAAAGAAAGA